UUUUGAGGGUCUUUUUGGCCUCCUUAGCUCAGCCUUUGCUUGUUGGUGAAGUCCCUGUUGCCAGGCAACCCCAUCAAAGUCUUAAUCUCUGUUUACAACUGACAACCACUCACAGUGGACUAUGCAAUAAUGCUGUAAAAUCAGCUAAAGCCAGUUGUUUCUCUGAGCUUCGACCCCUGAAAGGAGCCAGGUGAGGUGGUUUAGGCAUUUAGUUGGGAUGUUCAUCAAACACCUCAGUGUGGAGACAUUACAGGCAGUGAGACCACCUAUAUGUCCUUUGACCUCCUUUGGAUGUCCCAGAGGGAACUGAAAGAAGUAACUAAUUAGGUAAAUAACUAAUGAGGAAUUGAUUCUGUCCUGAGCACUCAGUCGUUUUGUUGCCAAUCUGCAUAAGAUCGACAACAAAAAUGCAUUUUCUGUAAAAAGUGAAACAAUUUAUCUUCUGUUGACAAAAUAAUGAUAAUUUCAAACAGAAGAAUUACAAUCAGUUGAAGAAGAAACCUAAUUUAUGUGCACAUAUACCUCAGAACAACACACAAAAACAUAACAAUGCAAUUUUGAUUAAAAAUACUCCUAGUUCAGUCCUGGUUGUCCUCAAAAACGCAUCAGGGCUCCUCUCUGAAUUAUGCUCCAAGUUAAAAUCUACUUUACAUGAAUGUUAUUUUUGCUACUGCACUACCUUUACUCCAUUACAUUUCACUUCUGCUAUGCAACAUUUGCCUGACAGUUUUAGUUAUGUCUAAGAUAAAGAUUUACACAAUAGGUAACAUAACAAGCUUUAGAACAAACAAAACACUGUAGAAGAUUAAACCAGUGGUUUGCAACCUCUGUUGGAGAGAGAGAGAGGGUAUUACACUGGAAAACUAGAGAUAAGCAUUUCCACUUGUGUGAACAAUUGUGUGAGUGGGUGUGGGCUUUAUGGUAGGAAUCUGUAAUAAUCACAGUUUGAACAGUGCAUUCUUGUGAAUGAUUUAAAAUUGGCCAACUUCAGCCUUUCCUUCAUUUGUUUUUCCCUGUAAGCCAAAGCUACUUCUUCAGCACGAUACAGCAUUGCUCUUGAAAGCAUUUGGAGAUAUUUCCCUUCACUGAACAGGGUUAAAGUCCUUCCUCUGCAACACUGUUUAACUGAUUGGGUGACAAGCAACAGUUGUUUAACAUCUGACCGCAGCUGCACAGGACUCGCAAUCAGCUUACUGGAGAAGGUUCUUCCACGCACAAGUGCUGAGCAAUGGUUGGCCGUGUGGCGAUAAUUGGAGCAGGCAGUUCAGGUCUGGUCUGCAUCAAGACCUGCAUCGAUGAGGGCUUGGAGCCCGUCUGCUUUGAAAGAAGUGAUGACAUUGGUGGCCUGUGGAAAUUCAAGGAAUCCCCUGAGCCAGAGCAAGCCAGUAUUUACCGCUCCUUAGUGGUCAAUACCUCCAAAGAGUUUAUGUGUUUCAGUGAUUUUCCCAUGCCUGCUCACUAUCCAAACUUCAUGCAUAACUCUCAACUGCUGCAGUACUUCAGACUCUAUGCUGAGCAUUUUGACUUGCUCAAACACAUUAGCUUUCAGACCAUGGUGAAGAGCGUCACACAAAGACCAGAUUUCUCUGUGUCUGGUCAGUGGGAUGUAGUAACCAUAAACAGGAAUGGGGAGGAAGAAAAACACAUUUUUGAUGCAGUUCUGGUGUGUUCAGGUCACUACACACAUCCAGCCUUACCACUGUCUGAAUUCAAAGGACAUGAGACUUUCUCUGGCCGGUGUCUUCACAGCUGGGAAUAUAAAGACGCAGAUGACUGCAGAGGAAAGAGGGUGGUGGUGGUUGGCCUUGGCAAUUCUGGAGGAGAUAUUGCUGCAGAGAUUAGUAGAUCUGCAGAGAAGACAUUUCUCAGCACCCGUCAGGGUUGCUGGGUGAUAGGCAGGAUGUCCAGCAAUGGCCUGCCUGUGGACAUGACAUAUAUCACCAGGUUCAACACCAUCCUCCUACAGCUUCUUCCCAAGACUUUGUUGAACUGGGCAGCAGAGAGAACACUGAACCAGCGAUAUGACCACAGUCUGUACGGCCUGAAACCCAGUCACAGAAUUAUGGACAAAAAGCCGUUGAUCAAUGAUGAUCUUCCUCACCGAAUCCUUCAGGGAACGUUAGCUAUGAAGCCCAAUCUAACAGGGUUCAAGGGAUCAGGAGUUGUAUUUGAAGAUGGCACAGUGGAGGAGAACAUCGAUGCUGUGGUCUUUUGUACAGGUUAUAAUGGCACAUUCCCAUUCCUCCCCUCAGCUCUGUCUGAAGGACCUCAUGGAGAGUUGACACUGUACAAAAGAGCAUUUCCUCCAUCCCUGCAACACCCCACGCUGGCCAUUAUGGGUCUUUUCCAAGCUAAAGGGCCAAUCAUGCCUUUGGUGGAAAUGCAGGCACGUUGGGCUGUUAAGGUCUUUUCAGGUUUGAGCUGUCUUCCAUCUGAGGAGAAAAUGCUGAAAACCAUUGAGUCUGACAGACGGAUAAACAUGCAAAGCUACCCCAACCCACAACAGGCUGCUCUGCAGGUAGAUUACAUCCCAUACCUGGAUUUCAUUGCUGGGGAGAUAGGUGUUCGACCAAACCUCCUGAGCCUCCUUCUGAGGGAUCCUGUGCUCUGGAUGAAGGUCUUCUUUGGUCCCUGCACUCCUUAUCAGUUUCGUCUCACUGGGCCUGGACGGUGGGCUGGAGCCCGACAGGCCAUCCUCACUCAGUGGGAACGAGUUGUUCAGCCUUUCAGAACCAGAGAGGUACCAGAACCAAAGAUCAGGAGAUCAGUCCUGUGUUCUCUUUGGCUGCUCACAUGUGGGGGAAUGCUGGUAAUGGCUGUGGUCUUGUUUAAAAAUAAGACCAUCCCAAUGCUGCAAGGUGCAGCUCAGAUUCUGGAGAGCAGCAAGACUUUCCUUGGGGACUUGUGGUUCACUGCAUGACCAAAAAUCAUGAUGCAAAAUGUAUGAAUGGGCAGUUAUCAAGCAACUGCUUUGUAUUAUUGACAAAUAUUUGCUAUGCAUUCAUUGAUACACAGUCCACAGGUCUGGUCUUUUGUGAUGACAUACAGAGACAGUUGCAGUCUUUCACUUCUGAUGUAGCCCACAAAUGCUGUAGUGUAGUAAAAAAAUAAAAAAUUAAAGUAGUUUAGAAAACAUGUUCUGUUUAUAUGUCUGAACACAUGCAUGGAACAACUACAGGUUCAUUUGCAGGACUGAUUGUUUUGUAGCUCUAUGACAG